GUGCAUGCUGGAUCAUAAUUGCAUUUGCAGUGAGCAUUCGCGGUGCUACCCCCGCCCCCAACUCUCUCUCAUCAAGCAUACACACAAUAAAUGGAUCUUUGAAAAAUGCGAAAGAGCGAGCGAGCGAGAGAGAGAGAGAGAGAGAGAGAGAGAGGAGCAAUACAACACUAAAGAGCUUUCCAUUUUUUUCCCCCCUCGUAAUGCAUUUAAUUCAGCUGAAACGUAAUCAUGACGUGUGCCAUCACUAAUCUCUUCGCUGGCUGUUAUACUGAGGAACCUGUCAUUCAAUUGGAAGGGAAUCUAGCAAACUGGAGCCCCAGUUUCCACUUGCUUGCUCGACUUAUCCAGCUUGAUAGCAUCCUUAGAGCAUGUGACCUGGACCUCUGGGGUAAGCAGUAACCGAAGCUACAUUCCAAGCUGCUUUAAGAGUGACUCUGAACAUAGCUGGAAUGGACUCUUCAGUCAACCCUGCCAACUCCAACCUGGUCCUCCCUGGACCAGAUUUACAUCAUUCUCCCAAACUCCUAGAUGAGAUUUCCCCAAUACCUUCUCCAAAUGAACUGGAAUCUUCUGUACAUAACCGAAAAGAUAACAGCCCAGGAAAACCACCAUCACCCAAAGAAGAGGAAUCACAUGAGCCUGUAUCUCCUCGUCCAGCUGCUGCUUUCUUUCCAGGGGACAAAGAGUCUAGUCUGCAAGAUGUAGAACCAAGUCAAGCUUACUCUGAGCCAGAAGGCGUCCUUGCCCUGGGAUUACGAGAUGCCAGUCUCAGACCUGCUGAAGCUCUUUCUUUGGGCGUACAGGAGGCUAGUCCAGUUCCUUCAGGAAUUUUAGGGCUACGUGUUCCUUGUUUCAGUCCAAGAGCACUGGAAGCAGCUCUUUCUUUGGACGGUGAUCAAGACCUCAGUUUAGAUGAUGAACUGGAUCUCCAACACUUCUAUAAUGGCCAAGGUGGUAUUUCUGAUGCUGUGGAUAGUGAUGGCAACCCAAGAAGCACUCGAAAGUACCCUUGCAAAGUCUGUGGGAAACGAUUUCGAUUUAACAGUAUUUUAUCCUUGCAUAUGCGCAUUCACACUGGAGAGAAACCAUUUGUUUGCCCAUACUGUGGGCACCGGGCCGCCCAAAAAGGAAAUUUAAAGAUCCAUUUGAGAACACACAGGCCUAACCAGGACAAUAGUGAUUCUCAGGAGGCAGGAGUAAAUCAAAACGAAGAAAGUAAGAUUCUUCUAGAGCUGGAGGAAAGGGCCAGUCAGCGGGGCAAGGUUUUGAAAGAAGAGCUAGAAACACCUCCUCCUGUUGCCCCAACUUUGAUAAUAUCGCCUGCCCCACCUGUUCAGAUCCCUGUGGGAUUCCGCUGCAAAUCAUGCAAAGGAAAGUUCAGGACAGCCGAAGAGUUAGCUCGUCAUGUAAGAAUCCUGCACAAUCCCUAUAAAUGUACCCUCUGCUCCUUCUCUGCAGCUCUGGAAGAAGAAUUAGUUGCUCACGUUGAAGGGGAGCACCUAGAUGGACUGACAGUGGGACAAGCAGAGGAACAAACCACACCACCCCUGGCAGCUGUGGUAGCACCUCCAGCUUUUCGCUGUGAAGUAUGUGGUCAAGCUUUCACCCAGUCCUGGUUUUUAAAAGGGCACAUGCGUAAGCACAAGGAUUCAUUAGACCACAAGUGCCAAGUCUGUGGACGAGGCUUUAAAGAGCCUUGGUUUUUGAAGAAUCAUAUGAAAGUUCAUCUUAACAAGUUGGGACUGAAAGGAGAUAUAGCUACUGGGGUCAGUCAUGGAGAGGUCGGUUCUAGAGUACAGACUCUUUCAGGAGAGCAGGUAUAUGGAUCCCUCUACUCUGGUCUGUUGCUGGCAGGCGGAAGGAACAAUCAAGAACGUGAGAAUCUGAAUAAACUCCUUGCUCAUGGAACAUCCAUUGAUGAAACAAAUAAGAACCCCCUCCUGGGUUAUUUAAGUUUAGCCCAGCCUGCAGAUGGUAGCAGUUGUGUAGAAAGGCUGCAGGCAGCUGCCCAGGUUGCAGAGAUGGGAGGAAGAGAUGGAGGAGGAGGAGGCGGAGGAGGAUCAGGAAGCCAUGGGGUUUGGCAGCUAGUAGCUCGCAGCUUGGCAGCUGCUCAGCACCAACAGAAAAAUAAUUCUGUUACAGGAGAAAAUGGACUAAGAACGACAGGGUCUAGUCCAUCCCCCUCUCUGCGUGAACGCAUCCGUGGAGUAGCAGGAAAGGACUGUCCCUACUGCGGAAAGACAUUCCGGUCAUCCCACCAUCUUAAAGUGCACUUGAGAGUUCACACUGGAGAGAGACCCUACAAGUGCCCCCACUGUGAUUAUGCAGGAACACAGUCAGGAUCUCUCAAGUAUCACCUGCAGCGACACCAUCGUGAGCAAAGGAAUGCUUCUGCUACUGCUGAUGGCCAUCCUACUCUACUAGGAUCUAAGAGAGCUAACUUUGGCCGACAUGACAUUGGGAGUAGAGGACUGGUCGGUGCAUCAGCUGCUGGAUUCUCUGGAAAAAAUAUGUCUCCACAAUGGCCAGGAAGACCUCCACCUCAAAGAACACACUCUAGGCAUUCUGAGGACAAAAGACAUACUCAGAGCACUGGCAUAGUAAACAAGCUCUUCCAUAACAUUUCUGAGUUGGAAGGAAGCGUUAGAGGCUCCCAGAAUCUCCAAUCUCUGCGAAGUCCAUAUAAAGAAUGUCCACCAAAAGAAUCUAAAGAUGAUAAAAUUGUCCCAGCUCCCAAGGUCUCUAGGAGGAAACCUUUGACAACAAAUAAGAUUCCAGUAUCAUCUUCCAAUGGCAGGGCUGAAUUUGAACCUUUAGAUUUGUCCAGAAGACCUUCUCAGGAGACUCCAGAUGGUGUAACACUUCAUCAGUGCCUGUUUUGUCCUUUCACUACUUCUUCAGUAGAACUUAUGGCAAUGCACCUUCAAGUGAAUCACACUAGCAAGUCAAGACGAAAAGAAAGGGAGAGAAGUAUUGACGAUAACAGACACCCACACCAGCCUUCUUCUUGGGCAGGGUAUGGCUUAUCACUUCUUGCAGCUUGUGGCUGGAAAGUUAAUAAAGACACGGAAGAGUCAAAAGAUGAUUCUUAUGAGAUGGAUAUUCAGAGAUCUUCUGUUUUAAGGAAUGAGGUUCAAUCCAAUGGCACCCUGUCCAUGGAUACAUCUCCAGGAGCUUCCACAGCAGAUGAUUUAGAAUUAAGUGGGCUAAUCCAGUAUGGAGGAGAGUCGGAAGAGGAUCAAGAUAGAGAUGAAUAUAAAGAUGCUAAAGACCAAGAAAUGGUGCAUCCUCUGAAAAGUGUCAAUGAUAAGAAAGAUGGAAAUAUUAAAAAUACAACUGAGUCUGAUGAAGUAAUGCAUUUUCAAGACUGUGAACAGAUCCCUGGAGGGACAACAGGUCAAGAAAAAGAAUGCCAACCGAAUAUCACUCUAAAAUUAAAAAUGCCCAGUGAGGUUCCCAUAAGCCCCAUGUAUUCCCCUGAAAUGGCUGAUAGACAUGAUGUGAGGUGCACUUCUGAAGAUGAAGAAAACCUCAUCAAGUAUGAAGAAAAUUCGCUAAAUAUAGAAAAUGUGGAACGAUGUGUGGAGACUCAAGAAACAAACCGCUUGGCUUUAAGCAACAAGUGUGGCCAAGAUGAUGACUGAAACUGAAGACCUAAUAUUCUUUCAAGGGCCAUCAACACCAGUGUUCCAGUGUUUUGUGAUGAAAACCUAUAGCCUAGGUUAGACCUUGUCUGUGCUGUUUAAAAGUCAGAUAUCAGUUUAGUUGGACACCUGAAAGGAUUUAUAUACUUUUGGUGAUUAUAAAACAAGAGGAGCUAAAUUAUAUGUACGGGAAAGCCAGUGUUACACCGAAUGAAGAAACAAAAGAUAAACAAAGUCUUCAGAGCCUUGGAAGUAUGUGAAGAUAUUUAUUUUUGCAGACACUCAGUGCUUGUGCCUCAGAUAAAUAUGAGAACGAUAGAUUUGUGUGCUGGGUGUCAACUCUAGUCUUUAGCUGCAGUUAUAGUUUAUUUAAGUAGAAAUAUGAAAGCAUCCUUUCUAUAUCCCAUUCAUUGGUUUUUUGGUCCUUUUGACGUCAUAUGCUUCCUUCAUUGCCUGAAGAGGUCAAAGUAAGCUGCAUUAAAGCUGAGCAGUAUCAAUUUUAAAAAUCCUUGAAAGUCAAUCAUUUCUUUUUGUUAUAAAAACACUCUGCAUAGCUUACGUUUCAUCAUUUAUCAGAAAGAAGAGUAUCUUUUAUGCAAUAAUUCCUUAUUAGUGCAGCUGAAAUACCAAUAUUUGACCAUCUAAAUUUUUAGAAUGCAUGCAGGUUUUGGUCAACCAUUUUUCUGUUUCUAGGUUUCUAGCAUUGUUGGAUGAGAUAGUUUCAUCCAACUGACAAAACAAAAAGUCCUGAUUUUUUUCUACACAUGUGACAUGAGCCAGACAGUCUACUACAAUGAAAUGUAUCAUGGCUACAUAAACAGGCUCUGGGUGUAAGGAAUUGAUGACUAUGUAGCAGUUCUGGGACUGAAAAAUACUAAAACGGCAAGGUUUUCUAAGAACAUUAAAGUGUAUAGUUUUGAAAAAAAAAUGGUGCAUAUUUUCACACAGAUGCAGUGUUAAAGCCUAAAGAUAUUCUGUCAUCUGAAGAAUUCAGACAGAGAGAAAUCAGUAUACAAAGCAAACAAAUAAAUGCAGAAGUCAUUAUCAAUAUAGUUAUUUAUGUCUCUCGCACUGGACAAGUUAUAACUUUUGACUCGCUGCCUUUGAUCUUGAAAACUGCUUUGGCAUUCACAGUUCAGACCAAAUUUGGUGAAAUUCGCACAGUGUCCCUGCCUUCUUUUACACAAAUAAUAGCACUCCUUAAUACACUGAUGUUUUUGGUUAUUUAAAUACUCUUAUUCCAUUAUGAGUCAGUGUCAUUAUUUUGUCAUUCCUCUGGUAAACUACAUUGAAUCGUCCCCACUUGUUCAAGAACUUAGUAAGGUGUAAUGUUGUUAUGUAGUAAAGACUCAUUUUUUCCAUUUCAGAUAUGUGCCUUCUUAAAACUAAUCGAUUUAUUAGUGCUGUAAAUGUGAUAGGGCGAAACUAAAUUACUACCAAAUAAAGCCUUGUGUACUGCGUAAGUCUUCUUCAUACAGUAUUUAAUGAAAAUAUAGAGUACAAGUCACUGAGUGUCUACGUCUUUUACGAUCACAAUGUUCAAGACAAAACAACUGGAAUGCCCUUGUUUCUUGGACCUUGUGCUCCAAUUCAAAAGCUAUCGAUGGGAUCUGGAAACGAUGUGCUACUAUGAUGGGUUACAGAUAUUACAGCUUUAUCUUGUAGGUUUAGAGAAGAAGUAAAGAUACCAUUUUUUAUUAUUUAAAUAAAAGAAAUGGUCUGCAGUGUCUAAAAGCUGGAGUUGAACCGCUGCUAUUAAAAAGUUGUUUAAGAUAUGAAGAACUGGGGAUGCUUUCAUGAAGGCUUUUAGACUACGGACGACACCAGAUGUCUUUCACCCUUCACACCAAGUGCCAAUAUAAUCAGAAGAAGUAACAUUUUAAAAAUUUGAUAUUAGGUUACUUCUUGUGCAAAAUGUGACCAAUGCCCAGAUGCUUGGGUAAGAAAUGCUGGCUGUAUAGCACUCAGUAAAGAUUCAAUGGAUCUGACAUCUUCCAGAAAACCGUUACAUCAAAUAAAAGUUUGGAAGAGGAGAAUACUGUAUUUUCUGAUCCAAAUGGCAGAGGUUGGUCAAUACAUUAACAGUUCUGUAGGGACCCAGUAGAAAUCUGUAGCUUGCUUUUUUUUCUGUGUGGAAAUAAUAAUGAAGACUAUUGAUUGACGUACCGGAAGCAAAGCACUGUGGGAUGUUCUUUUUUAGUGUGCUUUUUAUUUUUUAAUUUCAUUGUACAGCCUAGAAUUUUUGAUUCUGGUUACUGUUUGUGGCCUUUAAGAAGGGAGUUUCCUGGAUUUUAUAAAGCACUGUUAGGUAUGGGUGAAGGAGGAAAAAAAAAUCUAUUUGUUUUCUUUCAGACUGCGGCUGAAAUGUCAAAGCUUUCUGGUGCAACAGAGCCUACUAUUUAAACCCUAAUCAAAUCCCAGACUCUUGCUCUUCUUAGGCAUUUCUAAUGUGAGGGACAAUUGUCUCCUAUGACACUUGAAACAGAAGUAUACCCUGUUUUCUAUGCUUCCACUUGAUGCUAUUCUUUUCAGCUAUCUCAUUUUUUAUUUUUUUCGGUCACGUCAUGCUCCCAUCUUGUCCUGGGUUAAAAUGCUUGUUCUUUCUCUAGGGAUCCCUUUUGUUUGGCAGGUGCCAUCUCUUGGUAUUAGGUUAGCACCCAUAUUUAAGAUAGCUGUGUGCCACUCUCUACAUGCUUGUUUUUAAAGUACUUACUGUUCUUAGCUACUUCUCUAUUCCUGGUUUAUUAGUUUAUGCUUAUCCAAAUUCCAACUUCAAUUCAAUUUAGCCAGCCGCUGUUUUUUGUAUAAACUGAAUAGGUACAAGACAACCAUUCCGCAGUCAUUCAUUAUUCCAUGACAUUUUGUGUUUCUGACAUUUUGCAUUAUUAAACAACCGUGACUUGCCUUGUCUGUAUUUUUUAUGUUCUUCUGUGUCCCAACUUCUGGCCAUUUUAAAGAUGUCUCAUCUUUUCUCUGACUUGCCAUGAUGCUCUAAAAUCAUUCCAUAAUUACAGUUUUCAGUGCUUCCAUAGAAAUCUUCACAACA